UCAUCUUUCACCAGCAUCACCGAUGCCUGACCGCAAGCUUAAGCGAGCAGGGAGCGAAGUCUUCAUUGACUACUUCCCUACUUCCAACUCUCCAUGUCAAGCCUCACGACUUCCCAACGGCCCGCAGAACGACAAGACAUCCACAAAUCAUGCCGAACGCUCGAGACACUCGUAAACAUGCUUAAUGACUACUGCGAAGCUGCAGGGGCCAUUGUUACGCUCCAGAGGAAGCUCUCAAAAACCCUCAAAGAAACCGCUGCCCUUAAAACUACGAGUGAGGUCGCAGGCAACGCCUUGAACGUCAGCGCAAGCAUAUUCGACGUUCUUUCCGACGUCGAUGCUAAGUUUGCAAAGAUAGCUGAUACGGAAUGUUGCAGUAUCAGUUUAGAGGUGAAAAAAUGGUUCAAGAAGCUCGCAAAAGAAGAGAAAGCUCACGAUGAACAUAUGAAUGAAUCAAAUGCUCGCAUAAAGCAAGCUGGUCAGGCAUACGAGAAGAAGGCUAAGAAAAGCGCACGCGAUGUCGGGGAAGAACACGCUCGUUAUGUUAAUCUGCUCAGUACGCUUGGUCCUGAGAUGUCUCAGGAGAAAUAUAAUCAUGCGCUGCUCGUGACGCAACAGCACACAUCGACUACGUAUAACGUAGCAGCCUCCCUCUCGAGGGUUGCAGAUGCGGAAUGGGCGCGGACGUGUGAAAGCAUCCGUCGAUUCUCCCCGUCUAUUGGGCCACUCGGCGAAUGGCGAGCUCUCUGUGAAGGCGCAUGGACAGGUCCCUUACCCGAUGACCUACUAGACAUAUCACCUGCGCCUGCUCGAGCUCCACUUCCAGCCCGGGGGGUAACGGAAUGGGGUCAAAACAUCCCACCUGGAAAACACGAAUACCAAACUUCGCUUCUUCUCCCUUCACAAGCCAAUCCCGCUGACCUCGAACGCCCCCAUCCGCCAUUCAGCACCAGCGAGCAGGAUCAGAACCAGGGCUCCAUCAACUCAAUCACGACUCUCAGCGCGUUCCCCUUCCCCCCGACACAUUUCCCCAUUCCUCUAGCUGCCAAUGAAGCAGAGCUUCAACGCCAGAGAAUGCAAAUGCAGAGUUUACAAGUUUCGAAACCAAAUCAACCAGCUCAACAGCAUAUCCUAUUAGAGGAUUCCCCACAGCCAAUCGAGAGUACGCUCUCUGAUACGCAUAUGCUCGUUGAUCACAAGUUGCAUUCUGCGUCUCGGGGACAGACCACGCCUUCAUCUUCGCAGUAUAGGUACUCUGAUAGUCACCUCGAAGAGAGAGUGGCACAGGAAAUAGCUGAAUCAGGCAUAUCGACUGGUGGCGAGAAGAAGGUCCUUAAACAGACACAAUCCCAGUUCCGCGAGGAAACGAAACUUGGUCGACUAUUUAUGAUCGCACAAACGACUUCAAGCGAGAAAAUACUCAGCAGCAAGCAACCAGAGCACACUCCUCCUUCAGAGCGCGAGCUCGGUGCUUCAGUUGAGAGCCGCAGCGCAUUCAAAAACCGGAAUACCGAUGCUGUCAAGAAGACGCCUGAGCGCUCUAAUAGUUCUACGAGCAAUGGGAAUAUCGUUGCUGCUUUGCUUGAUCGUUACAGUCGUUCGAUCGAGCCCUUCUCUCCGGCGCCGAAAGAUGUACCGCGUUUGCCGAUGAGCGUUUCAGAUCUCGCUUCUAGGUAUGAGCCUAUAGAUGAACCCAUGACUCCUCGACGUUCGCCGACCGUCGACAGACAAGCGGUCAAUCAGGACCCUCCUGCUUCCCAUGUCAUCCAUGACGUUGCUCUCGGCGAAGAAGAUAUUCGAAGGCGGAGGCAACGUAUCGAACAGCUCGCAGAGCUAGAGCUAAAGGAGAAAGAAUACGAGCUCCGACAGCGCGAACGAGAACUUAACCAGAAAACGCGCGAUUUCGAGCGCGAUCGAAUGCAUUUUCUUCUUGACGCACGAGGUGACCUUAACAGUACCAGUGACAGGCUCAGAGAGCCUCAUGCGACACCAUUCCAGCACAAACGUGGCUCACAAAGCACUUCACACCUCGUCCCUCCAACGAACUCGACUUCACCGCAACGGGGAUCUCAAUCUCCAUCGCACUCACAGCCGUCUUCUCCUCUACCCGCGAAAGACCAUGCGCCAUUUUGCGGUUGUGAUACGUGUUAUGUUAUUAAAUACCACACGCCAGAGGUUUCACCCUCUCCUCACACCGAUCUACGUCUUCCCGAGCCUCCUAUUCUCUCAUACCCUCAAAAGCCCAGGGGCUGGAUACGAAGACUGAGCAUGCCUGCUGCCGGUGCGGCGAUUUCGUUAGAUGCGAAGAAGAAUGCGAGCGCUACGAGUCUCAAGUCUGCGUUGUCGUCUGCGGUUGAUAAUGGGAAACGGAGGAAGCGUAGUCUUGAUCAGGGGAUCAGUAAUCGGAGCGUUGGGAUGGUACGGAGGUAGCGCGAUGUGUGUUUGAGUUGUUUCGUUUUGUUUUUGCUUUAAAUACACGUUUUUGCGGUUGAUGGAUCCUCCGUCACGACUUACGACCCAUACACACUAUAAUUCGUGAUCUGAUUACUAUGAAUAUCGAGCUUCCUUGGACUGGGCGGAUAAGCCGUAUCAUAUUAGAUAUGGAAUUAUUGAAUCACAUAAGGGUUCCAAAAUCAAAAC